AUGCAAAUGACAAGCCAGUGCUGCCAGAACGCUACAGGUCAGUGGUCUCGCCUUGUGCUCGAGGAGGGAAUCUUGUGCUUCGGCCGCGCUUGGGUUUGAUCGCGUGCCUUAAAGUCUGACAGCGCAUCACAACGAGCUGCGCUGACGGUCUCGCGUGCGCGUCGUUGCACCCCUCGGCCUGGUAGAGACGUCACGCCAAUGUCGCAUCAUUGGAAGGACUUUCGCAAGACAGCGUAGUCCAUCUUCAGAGGAGAGCGAACCGGCACAGACCGCGUUGACAUCCGAGCCGAGCGCCACCCGUGCGCAAAUGCGAUCUUCACACGGAAGCAAUCACGCUGCACAGGUCAACGAGGCUGCCAGGGACUGA